AUGGACGGCGAAGGCGAUACGCAAGAGCCAACGCAAGCGACGCAAAAUAUCCUCGACCCGCGCCGACUAGGGAAGCAGAACUCGGGCUUUUCGGACGAAGACAUCUCAGACAUCAUCUGCGUGCUGUACCCGCACUCGGACACUGCGCGAAUCGAGGUCCAGCAGCUGCUCAAGACCGGGUCGCCGUAUCUCAUUGGCAGGGACGAAGCCGACGACGUCGAACUCGACUAUGAGCACGAGGACCGGCCGAGCCAAUUCGAAUCCAACCCCGCAAACCAUGGCAACCACGCCAUUAUCCUACGGCUCUCGAGCCUGGUCCACAACCCUGCGGCCGGCUUUGUCUUUGGGAGGAACCCGGGCCGAUGCGACGUAGUGUUUGCCAAUGAUCCGUUGAAGAGGAUCAGCAACAUCCAUUUUCGCAUCUUUGUCAACGAGCACGGCACCGUCAUGAUCGAGGACCAGUCUACCAAUGGAACCUUUGUCGACGAUCGCCUCCUCAAGAAUACCCACAAAGACCCUACCAAGAAGCCCAUUCUGAAAUGGAUGUUGAGCUCAGGAUCUGUUAUCCGAAUCUACCUGCACAACGAGAUGCAAGACCUUACUUUCCGAGUUCGAAUCCCGCGCCGUGCCGACGAAUAUCUGGAUACGUACCAGCGCAAGGUGGACGACUAUUUCCUUCGACACAACUUAUUGCCGGGGCCCGUCGAAACGAUCACUGCCGGUCCUGGAGGCCAUGUUGAUUUAUUCAAGAACGCUGGCCAGUUGAUAACCCCGCGACGCCCGGAACGCAUACCGAGCGAGCAGCGCACUCCGUCAAAGCGCAAAGAUAACGUGCGGCGAGAGUGGAACGGGUCCGGCAAGUAUAACCGCAUUGGCAUGAUUGGCAAGGGAGCAUUUGCCGUCGUCUACAAGGUGACGUCCAAAUACGAUGGAAUGCCAUAUGCCGCCAAAGAGAUUGAGAAGCGUCGCUUUAUCAAGAAUGGAGUGCUGGACCAGAAAGUCGAAAAUGAGAUGAAGAUUAUGCAGAGAGUGAAACAUUCGUUUGACGAAAUUACCGACGAAGAAGAUGUCUUGGAAUCACCUCAGUAUCACGGGACUCAGCACCAACCAAACGCAUACACAAUUGAAGACGAGGAUGAUCGGGUGAGUGAUUCCGCAGGAGAAGAAUCGGAAAGAGAAGACGAAAGCGAGCAGCAAGAGCAAAAUGAGAAAGAAAACAUUGACUGGAAUUAUACCUUUGGGCAAGGCACAAUGCGACCUCUCCGGUUAUUUGGAGAAGUCGGUGUCUCGGCUGUAGGCAGUUCUGGUGCCGUUCCAGAGAGCCAACUGAAUCUACCAGCCCCGCAAAUGAACGGCAAUGGUAGCAACAAUAGCAAUUUCGAAGCCCAAGAUGACGAGGCUUACGAUUCUGGAGAUUCCGGUGCAACCCUUGUCAAAUACGGCAGCAUUUUCAGACCGGAGAGAAGCGUAUCCAUUGAUCACGCACAGUCUGCCGACCAACUGCAGAGCUUGGUGGAAAACGUUGCUUCACAAAGCCUUGGUGUCUCUGUGAUCGGGAUUGAGGACCCAAACGCAUCCAGUUAUUCAAUUGCUUCCUCCGACUUUAACACCAGCAAACGGAAAUCACCCUCGCCUCUCGCAGCAAGCGCAGAUUUUGACACUGAUAGCACGCCUACCGACAAGCCGGCUCUCAAAAGAUUAAAAUCAGAGGGAUUUAUGGACGAUGUUGCCGACCCAACAACCGAAGAGUAUGAGUUACUAUCCCGUAUGCCACCGAUUCAGAGAUCUAACUCCGGCCGCCAGAUUGAUGAACCGGUGAGCAAAAAGAUCUUUUGGGCACAGGAUCGCAGGACGUGGCACCUUAAUUACCCCGAGAUGACACAGCUGCAGUAUGGUGCGUUUGUCCUGGCAGCCAACCAGCGGAAAGAGAAAUUCCUCCCGGGCAAAACGCCCCUGUGGAGUCUGGCAAUGAAAUACUUCCCCCCUGUUGCCGCAUCAGAAAGGCAAAACACGCCGAGUAUACAGGCUCCUGGUCCUCCUGAAGAGGACGUCAAUAUGGACUUUCCGGCGACGGGUCCAACUGCCGACGGCGCGGCUACCGAUGAAACAGAUAUUCCAGACAGCGGUAGGGUAGUCCCGGUACAGCUUGAUGGAGAGUCUGGGGCACUCGCUCUGAUAGCAUCUGACGACACGUCUUGCGUCAGAGAUAUUACCUGUCUCAUGGCCGAUACAUUUGUUUCAUUUGGCCGUGGCCUCGAGAACACUGCCGUCUACGAAGACAGAUUCAAUUCAAGAGUGCCAAAAUAUGCCUUUAAGAUCAUGCUGUGGAAGCAAGGCUACGAUCCGUCUAGCGAUCCCGCCAAGACGCCCCUUCCAUGGACACAGGAUUUAGCAGGAGAUGAGAAGUCAUACCAUCUCUGGAUCUCGACCAAAGCCUCUGUCGGAAUCCGUAUAAACGGACAAAUGCUCGACUCUUCCGACCCGAAGAAGCCCUUUGGCCCUUCCAAAAACUGGACCAAACUCUACGACGAAGACGAGCUGCUCGUAUGGGGCGAUUCCAACGAACAAACCAAACUCAAGGUCAAAUGUCUCUGGGGCGGCUCAUGCAGCGAGCGUAAAGACAAACAUCUCGAGCUCGCGCCCCCCAAGCUGGCGAAGGAGCUAGACGCCGCCUGUCUGCGGACGGAAAAGCGCAUCCAGGACACCUCCAGCAAACGUGCCGAGAAGCGCCAGAGGAUCAAUGACGUCGAAACGGAGGACAAAGAGCGCCGCCUACGGACCGAUUUUGAGCGUGAGAGGAGCCUCUUCUUUGAGCGGAAGAGGUUAGAGGCUAUUGAGCUCUUGGCGCCGAAACCGGGCCUGUCUACUGCUAGUAAUGCUUCUUCUUCGAGGAGAGGCUCUCCCGCGAUAAGUCUGGCUCCGUCUAUGUUUUCGACUCGACUGCAAUCUGCGUUGAUGAGGGCGAGCCCGGAGAAGGAUGCUGUGAGGUUGGUUCGGUGA